AUGACUUCGCGCAAGGAUAAAUUAAAACAGCAGUUGAAUCUGGUGCCAUUGUCGCAGGAAGGUGGAUUCUUCCGGGAAACGUACCGUUCAAAUCACGAAAUCUUGAAUGAUGAAGGAAACAAAAGGCAGACUCUCACAGUAAUCUAUUAUCUUAUAUCACAGGAUGCAGGUGGAAGGGAUUAUUUGCACCAAAACAAAAGUGAUCACGUUCAUUUUUUCCACUGUGGUUGGCCUCUAGAGUACACCAUUGUCACUCCAUCAUAUGAAAUUAAAAAGAUUGUUUUAGGGCCCGAUCCAAGUAAAGGUGAUGCAUUUCAGUUAACGGUACCCGGUAAUUACUUGAAAGCAACUAGAUUAAUGACUGAAAGAAAUGAGUGUAAAACGUUUCCAAAUGAGAUACCAUUUGCAUUAAUAUCAGAAGCUGUGACCCCUGGUUUUGAAUAUGAAGAUCGCUUUUGUUAUAACGAAGAACUUGUUAAAAAGUUACCUAAAGAAAUAUGGGCGGAAUUAACUGAACUUAUUCCUUUAAAAGGCUAA